AUGGCGAACGCAGGAAUUGAGCGGCGCGUCGACAUCCAAAUCCCAUCCACUUCCGAUGACAUGAUGUGUGGAUGGCUUUAUUCAUCAGACCAUUUCACAUCUUUAAAUCCCGGACCAGCUAUAGUUCUAGCCCACGGACUAGGCGGAACGAAGGAGCUGAAGCUUGAUGUUUAUGCCGACAAAUUCAACCAACUAGGAUACACGUGUGUUGUAUUCGAUUACCGCUGCAAUGGAGGGUCUCAGGGUCUACCAAGAGCAUUGAUUGACUGGUCUAAGCAGCAAGAGGACUGGAAAUCCGCCAUUGAAUUUACACGUCGAUUGGAGAAUGUUGAUACCAAUCAAGUGGGGUUGUUUGGAACAUCCUUUAGUGGAGGACAUGUUAUCGAGCUAGCCGCGAGAGGUGCGAAUAUCAAGGCUGUCAUAUCACAAUGCCCCUUUACAGAUGGUUGGAAGAGUUCCCUCCGCACCGGAAUUUCUAAGAUGCCCAAGAUGACAGCACUCGGUCUUAUGGACUCACUUUUUGGGUCUGAUCACAAUCCAGUCACUGUAUCCCUUACGGGGAAACCUGGCGAUGGUAAUACAUUCCCCUUCUUCGCCUUUUUUCACACGCUGAUUUAUGACACAGCUGCGCUUAUGAGUGCUCCCGAUGUCCUCACCGACUUUACACAACUCAUUCCACCAGGUCACCAAAUUCAGGAGAGGGUCCCAGCUCGCUUGAUAUUGAAAAUGCCCCUUCUAAGGCCAGGCUCAUAUACCUCGGAUAUUCAAUGUCCCAUUCUCUUCGCUAUAUGCGGAAAGGACUCGGUGGCUCCUGCAGAUGCGACCUUAGAAUAUGCGAAGAAAGCACCGAAGGGGGUAGUCAAGUGGUAUGAAGAUAUAGGCCACUUUGAGAUUUAUUAUGGGGAUGCGUACCAGAAGGCCAUGCAAGACUAUGUAUCUUUCCUCCAAGAAUAUCUGCCAAUUUAG